AUGUCCUCGCUGCAGCCGUUGGACCAGCUGUCUACGGCAGAGGUGUUGCUGAUGUGGAAGUGCUGUGGUGACUGCUGUGGCUGCUGCGAUCCGCCGCGUGGCAAGAGGAACAAGUACCUCGACGAGCCUUACAUCCCACCACACCAGGGAUAUCGUUCCGAGGCCCCGAUGGCCACCGGUUUGCCGUACAAGGCACCAGUUGCGGAUGCUCCGCAGUUCGCCAACUUCGACGUCAGCAAAUCAGCCGGUCACGAAGAUGCUCUUCCCGCCAUGCCGAGUUGGGAGACCGCAAACAACAAGAAGGUUUACCUCGAGGAUGAGGUCGAGAUGGACAACCUCAAGAAACCAGAGAACACAACACAGACUGCACCGCUUUUGAAUACCCGCAACGUCUCUCCCGGCCCUGGCACCCCGAGCCCGCUGGGCAGCCCCAGUCCCGUUGGCCCGUACGGUGCGCGGUCGCCCACUAGUAACACCCUCGGUAGCGGUCAUCCGGCUGUGUCCAACGGCUACCUCGCUGCCGGCGCUAUCCCGAAUGCGGCUGGCGCCGGUUCUGACCCAUACGGCAGGAGCGGCCCGGGCUAUGCGAGCCCACAGCAAUCGGGUGUUAUGGACCACUACGAUGCCGAGCUGGAGGAUAACAGCAACAGUCAUGGUGGAUACGGUGCCGGUGCUAUGGCUGCAGGUGCUCUGGGUGCUGGCGCAAUGGGCCGUCAGUCUCCGCACCAAUUCAACAACCAACGGCCUGGCUACGGUGGCACCAGCCCGCCACCACAGCAACGACAGGGUGGCUAUGGACGUGCCGACCAGGGUCCUAAUGCCGGAAACUACUAUGACGGCUACCGUGGAAGUGCCAACAACACUCCUCAGGGCUACGGCAUGGAACGCCGCUCGCCGCGUAUCCCAGAUCUCGGUAUGGACAACCGGUCGCCGCGCAUACCCGAUGUGGGCGGUGUGGACACCAGGUCUCCUCGUAUUCCAGAGCUUAGCUCGGGGAACGAGUCUGAUUUUGGUGUGACCAGUAGCCCCAAUCGAUAUGCCAGCCCGGCUCCCUACGGUGCCGCCUCUUCGCAGGCGCCUGCCAAUGGCCGCCUAAUGAACAACCGCCCCCCGCCACAGCGCCAGUACUCGGGCGCGACCACGGGUAACGGUGGCAGCUCAGCCUACGGCAGCCAGAGCAACAUCACCAGAAUCAACACGAAUACGAGCAACAGCAAGAACAAUGACAACUAUGGCCCUGCUGAGAUGCCGGCAUCGCCGACCCUACAGAACAGCGGCGGUUUUGACUUUAUCAGCGGAUCCAGCCGGCCGCAAGCACACGGCCAGGACUCGUACGGCAGCAGCAGCGCCAACAACUACACCGGCGGCUACGAUAGUAGCAGCAGCAGCCAGCCAUUGAACAACACGACAAGGCCGCCACCGUUGCAACAGCCACAGCCGGAGCGUACCGGGUACCCAGGGUACCGGGCGUACCGUGGCUAA